AUGCCAACAGACACUGAUGGAUUCAAACGGAGCCAGCUCGAGCAGUACCAGAACCAGCCGGAAGCCUUGUUGGGCGCCAACGAGCCCCUUCGUGACGCACUGCAGCAGCAAACAAUUGGGCAGGCAGAAUUUGUCCCUGAUGGAACUAUUCAGCUCCUGCCCAACGACUGCGGGAUCAGACUAGAUCGUGCGGCCCCAUUUCAUCCGGGUGGACAAGUCUUUCGACUAGACCCCUUUGAACCCGAUCUGCCACUCUGGAAGAAAGUUCCGUUGCCUACGUAUCUAGUCGGCAAGAUGAAGGACUCUCACGCUUGCGAGCAGGGAAUCAACCGAAACCCAAGCAUUGAACGGCCUGAAAGAGGACAGAAUGCUAUCAUUCAGUCUAGUACGGCUGGGCCUGUUCCUCCCUUCGUUCUUGUUGUCCACCCCCCGACUCCGACGAUUGGGCAGAAUGUUCAUCUUUGCCCAAAGACUUUCGAACCUUUCUACGAGUUCACAGCGGAAGAAACACGUGUUGAUCAUCACCAAGUGCAACUAAACGCCGAUUCUAGCGACGAACCGAAGCGUCUUGAGAUCACCCUGGCGUUACUGGAGGAAUGGCAUAUGAUAUUCAUCCUACAAUUAUGCACCUUCAGGCUGCAGGCAACACACUGGCGCACCAAACGCCGCGAGUGGGAGCUAAAGACCGUCAAUGACAUUUUUCUUGGCGGAAACUACUUCAUGCUGAAGGACAGCUUCGGGAUCUCCAACCUUGUCAAUGCUCGCAAGUUCGCGUGGGAUGAAAAUGAGAAGGACAGGCAUGGGUCUAUUCCGGUUUGGAAGAAUGUAUGGACGGAGGAAUCAUACGGCCAUAUCACAGAGCAAGCGUUCAGAGUGAAGAACGCAGUCGUCAAGAUCAAGCGCAAGAUUGCUCAACUGCAGAGCGAUGCAGUCGCAGCCGAGCAGAACAAAAAGCGAAAAACCUCUCGCGGUGGCAAGAUUGAGGUUGGUCUGCUUGGGGAAGAUCUGGGCAAGGCAAUGAAUCUGAACCGUUGA